AUGAGUCUCUACUACCCCGCCGGCGGUGCGGUCGCUGCGGCCAGCGUUGUUGGCUUGUAUAUGCUAUUCAAUGGCGAGGGCGAAAGAUUUAAUGUCGGCGCAUUUCUCGAAAGCGUAUCACCAUAUGCAUGGGCAGACCUCGGCAUUGCUCUGUGCAUAGGUCUGUCUGUGGUCGGCGCUGCGUGGGGCAUCUUCAUAACAGGCACAUCAAUCCUCGGCGGCGGCGUCAAAGCACCACGGAUACGAACGAAAAACUUGAUCUCCAUCAUCUUCUGCGAAGUCGUCGCCAUCUACGGUGAGAGGCUGUACUCGGGCUCCAAUCAAUACACAGGCUACGCAUUGUUCUGGGCCGGUCUGACAGUGGGCAUGUGCAACCUGAUUUGUGGUGUCAGUGUGGGCAUCAAUGGAAGCAGUGCGGCUCUGGCUGAUGCAGCUGAUGCCACGCUGUUUGUGAAGGUCCUGGUCAUUGAAAUCUUCAGCUCGGUGUUAGGGCUUUUUGGACUCAUCAUUGGACUACUGGUGCAGGGCAAGGCGAACGAGAUUGAGUGA